AUGUCAUCCCCACGCACACCCAGGACACCUCGUCGUCCCAUCGCCAGACCUGGAACCAGCAGCAGUCAAGGACGCGAUAACGUCUCGUCAGACUUUCCUUCCUCCCCUGGCCUUCAGUACCCUUCCUCUCCCGGUUUGGGUUCUGGUUUGGGUGUGAACUCGCCCUUGCCAUUUGCUACUACUCCUGGUUUCCAGGUCCAAUACCAACCCGGCCAGUUUGCUCAGACUCCCGUUGGACGCUCUCACUUGCAGGACUCUGAGCUCUCCUCACCUAUGGCUAUGCCCUCAUCUCCCCCACGAAGCAAUCUUGGAUCGUCUCAUCUUCGCUCAGAUGUCUCCUAUGGAACCCCGCGCGAUGGCCAGGGACUUCAGACGCCAAGGAGACGCCGUGGAGAUGUUGUGAGCAGUCCCCAGGUGGCGCGCCACCUCGCAUUGAUGACCGACCCCGCCAGCGACUUCGCAUUGAACUCUGGAGGCGCCUUCCCAACUUCACAGGAUAACGAUCCCACUCAGGUCGUCAAGGUCGUCUGGGGAACCUCUGUGGAGAUUAACGACGUGAUUGCCAGAUUCAAGGAUUUCUUGCACGAGUUCACCCAGAUGAGCAGGAUCACUAAGGAGAAUCCCAGAGGAUUACGCACUGCUGCUCGCCAGCUCAACUUGGACUGCCAAAACCUCAUGUACCAUCCUUCAUCAAAGAAGGUUCACGGCUUGCUGAUCGACUACCCUGCUGAGGUCUUGCCUCUCUUGGAUUUCUCUUUGAAUGAGUUCUUUGCCGAUACUUACCCCGAGGAUGACCUGCGCGGAGACAGUUUGAUGAUUCGUCCCUUCAACCUCGGAAAAUGCAUCAACACUCGCGACCUUGGACCUGCAGAUAUUGACAGACUCGUUACCGUCAAGGGAUUAAUGCUCCGUACUUCCAGCGUUAUUCCCAACGUGAAGAAGGCUUUCUUCCAGUGUUUGGUGUGCGAGCAGUCUGCUUCAUCAGAGGCUGACCGUGGUCGUAUCACUGAGCCUACUAAGUGCCCUAACCAGGUCUGCGGAGCCUUGAACUCUAUGUCCUUGAUCCACAACCGUGGUGAAUACGCUGACAAGCAGGUCUGCCGCAUGCAGGAGAUGCCAGAAUCAAUCCCCGAUGGUCAGACCCCUCAGAGCAUUUCGUUGGUGGUUCACGAUGACUUGGUCGAUGUUUGUAAGCCUGGUGACCGCCUGGAAAUCACAGCUGUUUUCAGAGGAGUCCCUGUUCGUGUCAACCCCAGACAGCGCACUGUGAAAUCAUUGUACAGGACCUAUCUGGAUGUUGUCCAUAUCAAAAAGUCAGACAAGAAGAGACUGACAAUUGACGACGAUAUUUCGAACCAUGGCGGAAAGAGAGCUACCUACCAGGGAGGAGACGAGAUUGAAGUUCAGAGCGAGGACAUGGUCGCCAAGAUCAAGGAGAUUUCCUUGCUCCCCAACCUUUACGAGACCCUUGCCCGAUCGGUCGCCCCCAGUAUUUUCGAGCACGACGAUAUCAAGAAAGGAGUGCUGCUGCAGAUGUUUGGAGGCACCAACAAGACUUUCCUCAAGGCAGGAUCACCCCGUUACAGAGGAGACAUUAACGUGUUGCUUGUCGGAGACCCAGGAACAGCCAAGUCGCAGAUUCUGAGCUACGUCCACAAGAUUGCCCCUCGUGGUGUCUACACAUCCGGAAAGGGUUCUUCGGCUGUCGGUUUGACUGCAUAUGUGACGAGGGAUCCCGACACUCGCCAGCUGGUUCUCGAGAGUGGUGCUUUGGUUCUUUCGGAUGGCGGUAUCUGCUGUAUUGAUGAGUUUGAUAAGAUGUCGGACUCCACACGGUCGGUCUUGCACGAAGUCAUGGAACAGCAGACGGUCUCUGUCGCCAAGGCCGGAAUUAUCACAACCCUCAACGCCAGAACAUCGUUGUUGGCCGCUGCCAACCCUAUCCACUCACAGUACAACCACAGGCUUCCCAUGGUCGAUAACAUUGACCUCCCACCUACCCUCAUCUCCAGAUUCGAUUUGUUGUACCUGGUUUUGGAUAUUGUGAACGAGCAGAGCGAUCGUCGUUUGGCUCGCCACAUUCUCUCGAUGUACUUGGAGGACGCCCCCGAAACAGGAGGAACGGAUAUUAUCCCUAUCGACACAUUGACCUCUUAUAUCAGCUACGCCCGUAACCAUUGCCACCCAGCAUUGGGCGAGGAGUCCAGUGCGGUGUUGGUUCAAUGCUACUUGGAUCUGCGCAAGCUUGGUGGUGGUAAGCAGAUUACCGCAACGACCCGUCAGCUUGAGUCGAUGAUCCGUCUUGCAGAAGCUCGCGCCAGGCUGCGUCUGUCGCCUGAUGUCGAGAAGGAGGAUGUCGAGGAGGCAUCGCGUUUGAUUCGUGAGGGUUUGAAGGAGUCUGCGAUGGAUCCCCGCACAGGAUUGUUGGAUAUGGAUCUGUUAACGACGGGACAGGGAUCCUAUGACCGCGGCCAUUUGGAGGAUAUGCGCCGCGAGUUGUUGAACCUGUUGAAUGCCUCUGACAAGACUAACCUCCGCUGGGCUGAUGUCCUUGCCGAUUUUAAUGCUCAGAGUUCAGUUGGCGUGUCGGAGGAGCAGUUCUCGAGGGUGCUGGGAGAGUUGGAGCAACAACAAUAUAUCAAGGUUUCGGGCAAGCGCGGUUUGCGUGUCAUCAAGAAGUUGACGACCGGUCAAGACCGCGAGUAG